AUGGUUGGGAGUGGUGGCGUUGGUAAAUCAGCGUUAACUUUGCAAUUCAUGUAUGACGAGUUUGUGGAGGAAUAUGAACCAACAAAAGCAGAUUCAUAUCGAAAAAAAGUUGUGCUUGAUGGUGAAGAAUGUUCGAUUGACAUUUUGGAUACCGCUGGACAAGAAGAUUAUUCCGCUAUACGUGAUAAUUAUUAUCGAAGUGGUGAAGGAUUUAUAUGUGUGUUUUCAAUAACAGACAGCGAAUCAUUUGAUGCAACUAAUGAAUUCCGAGAACAAAUUUUACGAGUGAAGAAUUCGAUUUCAAAUGAAUCAUUAAUUCCAAUAGUUCUUGUUGGAAAUAAAUCUGAUUUGAACAGUGAACGUUGCAUAUCGCAAUUGCAAGCGCAGCAACGAGCUGAGCAAUGGAAUGUACCAUAUAUCGAAACGUCGGCUAAAAAUAGGACAAAUGUUGAUAAGGUAUUUUAUGAUUUGAUGAGGGAAAUAAAACGGCGAAAAGGGGGAACGAUAAAUAUAAAUCGAUCAAGUGGUGCUGGUGAUAUGACAAUGCGUGAUAAGAGACGUAAGAAAAAACGAUGCAGCAUUCUUUGA